CUGCGUGCGCAAUCUAUUAGAUACUCUUAGGAAAAUGUUGCAAAAAUAAAUGGAAGAUGCUGGACAUGUAUGUCACCUAUCAACAAGGUUUAUUUCUAAGGCAAACGUUCCUCAUAACCAUACUGUUGACAUGGUUCCCUUGAACAUGAAAUUGAUGGAGGCUGUCAGAAGAUGACAGGUAACCGUGAUACAGUCCAGUUUCCCUGCCAACGAGGAACAUGGCAGGUGGUGCAGGCUCUACUGGGAAACCUCAAAAACUUGUCUCAAUCACUGCAGGGUGACCUGAAGGAGUUAUGUAAGGAACAUCAGGCCAUUGUUGACAUAAGCAAUGGGUUAGGAGAAACAGAAGAGACUCACUGGGGAGAAUGUAUUCUAUAUGGGCUAGUCAAAUUCCUGAAAAAACAAGCAAAUAAAGAGGAAAGACGUGUAUUUCUCCAGUCUACUUUUCCUGCCAUCAUCGACCUGGCUUUGGACCACCCAAAUGUCAUACCAGCAAAGGGUAUUGCCUAUAGUAAACAACAACAGGCAAGCAACACAGUGAUCAGUCGGAGGUGUGUGGCUUCUAUACUGGCGUGCGGAUUCCUCUGUUUGUUUGAAGAACGAGGCAAGCCAUGGAUAACCCAUCAACUGACCAAUGUUAUCAACUUUACCAACUUUUUCAAAAAUCUUCAAAUGUCAUCCCAAUUCGCCAAGCUUAGAUGCAUAUUAAACUACUUUGAACAAGUUGGGGAAAGAGGAAAAAACUUGGAGGGAAAUGUAACCUUUGUUAGACAGGUAAUAACAAGAGAGGAGAUGCCGACGAUGGAUUCGUGGUUAAACUGUGAUCAGAUGCUGUGUCCCAUGACAGUGUAUGAGGACGGUGUAAUUGAAGAUGCAGGUUGUGAGGCUGUAGAGGUGGACUUUGCUAACAAGUACAUUGGUGGAGGUGUCUUAGGCAGAGGGCGUGUCCAGGAGGAGAUUCGGUUCACUGUGUGUCCAGAGCUGAUCGGGUCUAUGCUGUUCAUGGAGUACAUGGAGGAGAAUGAGGCCAUUAUAAUCAAGGGUUUUGAGCAGUUCUCUGCCACUCAGGGCUAUGCUGGAAGUCUUCUUUACCUGGGGCCAUAUGCGGACCCUGCCACUAGAGACGAGAACGGCAUCCUGAUGACCACCCUCUGUGCCAUUGAUGCUGUUUCCUACAGAAACGACCAACAGGUACAAUACAGUGACUACAUGUUUGUGAGGGAUCUCAAUAAAGCCUAUGUGGGCUUCAGUGCUAGGAGCCUGAGGGGUUUGACCCCUCCCCGAGAGACUGGAGUGACCCUGCCCCCGGAGACUGGAGGACAGGCUGAACUGGAUUCUCCAUCAGAAGAUAAGGUCAGCACCCCAACUGAUGAAGAGUACCUCACAGCCACGGAUGAUGAAAUAGAGAUGGAUGGUGACCCCUAUUUGAAUGCAGUUUCCAAUCUUGCUGAUGGUCUUCUUGCUGACAUAAUGUCUUUGGCAUUACUAGAGGCAUCAAGCCAGCUAAAAGGUCAAGGUGGGGAAUAUGAUACUGGUCAAGGUCAAGAUGAUCAACCAAGCCUGCAAAUCUGUAAUGAUGCUAGUUCUGUCAAAUUUGAAGAAUCGUUGAUUAAGUCUGAUGACGUGGAAGGAAAAGAAAACUUGGAUGUGGAUCUCUCAGAUUGGGUGUCUAGAUUUCGUAGGCGUAGUUCCAAUUUGAGUGACAUAGGGUCGCGAAGUAGCACAGCUAGUACGAGGCACAGUUCAGAGUUUAGUUCAGAAUUCGAAGAAUAUUAUGAAAACUUUCAAAAGCGAGAACAACCUGUCAUCCAGAAAACUAUAAAAGAAGAGAAUUUUAUAGAUAUUAAUGACUUUGCUGUCAAUUUAGCUGCAAAACUUUUACAUGAGGGUACGUUUUUAGCAGCUCAUAUCAAGAAACCAGGUAUUCAAAACUUCCACUGUGAUGCUCCAGAUAGCUCAAUGGUGAAACCGAAAGCAAGAAAGAAAUCCAAGGACAGCACAGACAGUGAUAGUAGUGUGACAGACGAUGAUAUUGAUGAUACUUUGAUAUCACACGACCAGCAACAUUCCAUUGAACAGCCUAGCAAGAGGCUUGAAACCUCAGAGUUAAAAUGUGAUAUUUCUGAAUCUACUGCAAGGAGAUUUGCAGAUAAUUUUAUCAGGACACUUUUUCCAUUCCCAGAACAGAUGAAAAUAGAUUCCAACAAGCCAAGCUGUGAUGAGGAAGCAUUUGUGGAGGCAUCUAGUAGUACUGGAGAUACUGACCAUGUCCAGGGAAGGUCCGAGUCCAGUGCUACAUCAUCAUUAUAUACUGUGUAUACAUCUGAUCUCUUAAAACAAGAUAUUUUAACAGAGCAAAACAAACUGAAGAAAAAUAUUGACUUCAGAUCAAAGUCAAAAGAAUCUAGAAAUUCUUCUCGCACCAUGACGAGAGAAAUGAAGAUGGUGGCCACCGAUUUUGUACACGGGGUUGUGAUUGGAGCACUUCAAAAGUAUUCCGAAGAAUUAGACAGUGAUAUCAGCAUUCAGGAUAUAGACCAUGAUACUUUUGAUGAUAGUGAUUCAGACUUGGGUGACAUGGAGAUGGGAGAGAAGGAUGAGUGUGUGUACGAGUGUGAUGACAUUAUAGAUAGUAAACCGGUGUUUGAUCAGCCAUCUGUUGUUGGGAUUUCAAGUGAACGUUAUGAAAAUAUUGUUGACAAUUCUAACAGUGAUUUCUGCCUUGGAGAUAGUGCUAGUGUCUGUGAUGCUAGGAAUUGGGAGCAUAGGCAUUCAGAUGGCCAUAAACAGGCCGCUGAAACUUUCAUUCACAGUUCUGAUAGACCAUCAUCUACAGCUGAUAUUGUCCUUGAGGUUGAGAACUCUGACGAAAGUUGUAGAAUACCACAAGUUAUGAUAACUGAUGAAAAUCGACGUGAACAGAUGGCAGAGGAACUUUAUCUAAAUGUUGCUGAAAAACUUGUACAGGACCAAGUCGCAAAUGCACUCUCAGGCAUGAGUUCUCAAAGCAAUGAUAGUACGUCCAAUGAUACGGAUGUGAGACCUAAAACUGAGAAAGUUUCCAGGAAAGGAAAGUUAAAACCAAAAACUAAGUUAUCUGACAAAGAACUAGAGCCUCCUCGAAACAAAUAUCGCUGUCACAGCAGCAACAGUAGUGGGAGUUGUCUGUCCUUGUCCCGAGAUAACCACCGGGAAUCGCACAUGGAAGAGAAGGAGCCGAGGAAGGUGACAUUCUUUGCUUCAUCCCUUUCUAGAGAUCUCCUAACCAAUGCCUUUGUGGAAGUUCAGAGAAAUAUGAACGGUGGUAACGUCUUUCGUCGAAGUAGUGAACCUUUAAAAAUUUCUAAUCAUGCAGCGAAAUGUCUGUUUGAGAAUUCCACCAAUGGGACCAACGGUAAAGGAGAGAAGCACAUGAGUUUGACAGAUGAAGAUGUAGGCAGAUUCGCUCAGGAACUCAGUAGAUGGGGAUCUCUUGAGGAGUUUAGAGCACAGCUACGCCGGGGCUCCUGUGGGUUUAGGGACCCAACCCUUUCCAGGUUUGCAGAGCAGCUGAUGAAAAGCGACUGUAAAAUUCCUGACUUCCAUUUCCUUGAAUCUACCAACUGGAGUACUAGUGGUGAUUCUUCCGUCUCUUAUGUCAGCAGUGUAAGCGGCUUUAAGGAUACUGUCUUAGCUGGGUUUGAGGAGGAACUACUGAGCGCAUCCUGCACUAAAGUCACCACAAAGAGUCCAAAGUACACCAGAUUUGUUUACAACAAGAAGAUUCCAAAAGUAACAAGACAGAGAAGUCUUGUAAAAGAAAAAGAUAACGGGAUUGUGGAUCUUGUAGACACAGUGUCUGCUUCGAAAGGAGUCCGAGGUAAAUCAUUCGACAGUGAAAUGUCAGCAUUAUCCUGGGGAUCGUUACAGUCAUCACCUAGUCAAAGUGGGGAUGAAUUCUCAAAUUUUGCUGAUAAGCUAGCUGAAAGAAUUGUGCAAGAAUCAUUUGAGACUCUUUUCCAUAUACAACCGGAUUCUGAGCCAUGUCAGUCGGACACAGAAUCUGAGACUGAUGAGGCAUGUCUUUAUGACUUUGCCAACAACAUGGCUAAUGAUAUUUUGUUACAGUCUUUAGUUAGCCUUGCCAAUAGCUAUGCCACAUAUAGGAAAGAAAAGAAACGUCUUUCUGAUGCCAAUACAUCAACAACUAGUGAUUCUGUGUCGGAAUUGGAAUCCAGAAACUCUACAGAUGCUGCGAGUGUUUCGAGCGUUCAGCGAAGUGUUUCCGAUGAUUACACCGAUGCACUUGACAUACCAUUCCGUCAGCUUGAGAAUUAUGCAGAGGAAUUGGCAGCAAGUGUUCUACAGCACUCUGUCAAUGUUUACCAACGAGAACUAGACAGUGAAAAGAAGAGGGUGUAUGGCCGUCCAAUAUCGACUGGGAACUGGGGGUGCGGUGCUUUCUGUGGCGAUCCUCACCUCAAGUCCAUGCUACAGUGGAUGGCUGCCUCUUACGCAGGAGUACCCAAUGUAUUUUACUACACCUUCCAACACCCUGAUCUGGAUCAGUUACAAGAGGUGAUAGACUCUAUACUGAAGCGUGGUUGGAAUGUUGGACAGUUGAUGGAGGCUGUACGCUGUUACUGUGUUACGGUUAGAGAGAUGGAGGAGACGGACAUCAACAAACCAAACCUAUUCCAGUUACUUCUAUCAGAUGAUACGUUCCAAGACAUCCAUUGAAUACUCAGCGAAGGAAUGUGUGAUUGGCAGUCUAUUGUUUACGUUACUGUUUGUUGCCAAGCUAUGCUACUGAGAAUGCAGUGUUUAACUUGUCAUUUCAGUGUACAAUUCAUUAUGCAGUGUAAUUAGGGGCUAAGCUGUGAUAAAGUUCAACAAUAGUUACAUUUGAGAUUAGAAAUCUCCUUCAAAACCUAAUUUGUGUUAUAAGAUAAUAGCAAUGUGUGAAAGUAUUCUUCCAAAUUUUUGCUUUGAUAUUCUGUUCUGUACUGCUUCUCAAGAUUAAUACUUGAAAAGUGUCUUUAUAGCAAGUAAGUUAGGAGAGUGUUAACUCUCUGAAACUGUAAGGAGCUUUACCCAUCUAGAGGUCAAAGUUCAUUAUGUUUUCAAAUUUUUAAGAGGUCAAUUUGUGUUCAUUCUUUUGAAAGUGAAAUUACAAUAUAUGAAGAAAUAAAAUUCUUUAUUGCAUAUUUA